AGUUAGAAGGUUAAAGACAGGUAAUGGGGUAGAACUUCCGGUUAUUGCGAUCCAAGUAAAAUGCGGUAAAAGCAUGAGUCACAUCAUCGCGUAACAGCGUAGCAAUGAUGGUAUAACAUCUGAAAUCGGUGAAACAUUUUUGCAUUAAAUGAGACACACAACCAAUCACAAAGUUGGCUUCAGCGUGUUGCUUUUAUUUUUGUAUUACUAUCGGUGAAUUGAUAAAUAGCCAUCAACCCGGAAGAUGUGUUUCAUUAUGUGAUUUUUUUUUGCCCUCUUAGGCGAUAAUGCAACAAACUAAUACCGUAUAUAAUAUAGUUGUAUAUAUAAUUAUAUCUUAACGGGGACACAUCAAAUCUCAUAAGCUUUUAUUUUUGACGUGGACAAGCCGGAAAUAUUGUCUUCCUGUAUGACAGGCAGACUACAGCAUGCACUGACGAGCAAACAUUUGAACAGUUUAUUUCAACCACGACGCUCGCCAAAGAGUCCGGUGAGAGAUGCCUUUUUUCCUCGUUAGCGCUGCAUUGUUCAUGUGCUCAAAUGUUAAUGUAGUAAUUUGAUGUGUCACGUGACCAACCAAUAGCUAAGAGGCAAAGGAUGCUCGGGGAGGAACCCUUUCAAUCAAUGGACAUGAAUGUGGCACGUGAAGAAAACUGGUCACAUCAAUCCGCAAUGGAAAAUAACGAAUAUAAUUCCGGGGACGGCGUUUUCGUCUUUGUAGCAGGCUUUUUAUAGUGCCUCGUGUGAGCGUGACUCUGGAGCCCAAACGCGAUGACGUCACUGGUUUGUUCGGCAAAGUCGUGCUAAGAGUGGCAGAACAAGUCCUGUCAUGAAUAACGGAGACUACCAGCAAAUCGACUCAGGGGCACCUGGGAGUCAUGCGGCCACCUCGGUGGGACACCAUCCCCAACCCCAGAAUGGAAAGCCGCACCACAUGGAGGACCGCAGCAGCGAGCUUCUGAGAAGACCCAGGAGGAGGUGGGAGGUCUUACCUGGGAAGAACCGCUUUUUCUGUGAUGGACGCCUCAUAACGGCCGGUCAGAGCGGUAUGCUGCCCCUAACCCUGGGCCUCAUUCUUGUCACCAGUGGAUUAUUCUUCAUAUUCGACUGUCCUUUUCUGGUCAAACACCUGACGGGCUGCAUUCCCGCCAUCGGAGGAGUCCUCUUUGUGUUCGUUCUGGUCACGCUGCUUCAGACCACUUUUUCAGACCCCGGCAUUCUCCCUCGAGCGACGACGGCUGAGGCAAUCGACAUCGAGAAGCAGAUCGACGACACGGGGAGCCCCAGCUACCGCCCCCCGCCGCGCACCAAGGAGAUCCUCAUCAACCAGCAGGUGGUCAAGCUCAAGUACUGCUUCACCUGCAAGAUGUUCCGGCCUCCGCGCACCUCCCACUGCAGCCUGUGCGACAACUGCGUGGAGCGAUUUGACCAUCACUGUCCCUGGGUGGGCAACUGCGUGGGCAAGCGCAACUACCGAUUCUUCUACGCCUUUAUCGUGUCACUGUCGUUUCUGACAGCCUUCAUCUUUGGUUGUGUGGCUACACAUCUGACCAUGAGAGCUCAGGAUGGGCAAAGCCUGCUUUACGCCCUCCAAGAGAGUCCUGGUAGAUAUCCUUUACCUUUCAGACAGAACAUUUUUAGUCAGUCAUCGCUCCUAACGUGCAUUUUGAUCUCCUUGACUCAACUUUGCACUGCUGUGGAGCUUGUGAUUUGUUUCUUCUCAGCCUGGUGCAUCUUAGGCCUCUCAGGCUUCCACACGUACCUCGUCGCAGUCAACCUCACAACAAAUGAAGACGUUAAAGGUACUUGGUCAGGGAAGAGAGGCACAGACGUCACCAACCCUUACAGUCACAGAAACAUCUUCGUCAACUGUUGCGCUGUACUCUGCGGACCAAUGCCACCCAGUUUGAUCAACAGACGAGGCCUCCUCCGCACGGACGAACCCGCUCAGACCGACACGGACAUCGAACUGACCACCUCAAGACGAAUUAAUGUGCCCAAACACGUAUCUAAGGGUCUGUCAGAGUCCACCGCUCACACGCCGCUGCUGUCCACUCAGUGUCCUCAGGGGAAGUCGCAGUCAGUCUUGGACCCGGCGAAGAAUCCCAGCCCCAUGUUGAACACCUCAAAGUGCGAAACAGACACGAGUGCCGGCUCGCCAGCUCGCAAUACCUCCCACGCGCUCCCCGCCCAGACCAAAGCCAAGAAAACAAAAAAGGCCACGGCCAAACUUACCUCUGCCGUCCACGCUUCACGCCACGGCCAAAAGGAGGAGCCUUAAAGGUGCCGGCUCCUUCCUCCUUUCACCUCAAUGAAACAUAACUUUAUGAUUUCAUGGAAAUUUACUUUACCUGCGAAAGCAAUUAUGUAACAACUCAAUUUGUUUCUGAAACAGACGGGGGGGGGGGCGUGUGUACGCUGUACAGCGUUGAUACAGACACAGUAAAGGUACACUUUUUACUGAUUUAUUUAUUUGUUUGCAAAAUGGUUUUGUUGUUGUAGAAUUCCCAUUUUUACUGGUAAGUGUCCUUUUUUUUUUAUUUCUGCACGGGCAGAUAAAAGUUUGACUUGUGUCUAUGUAAAAUAUCAAUUUGUAACAAUCCAGCCUGCAAGGCAGAUGCGACAAACCAACUCACAAUGCCUUUCUAAAGAGAAGCAUGUCGUGCUGUAUUAAUGUGAAAAUGUGAAGACUAUUAAACAAUCAA